GCGAGUGGAGCUUCUGGACUGCAGAUAAUGCCAUCCAAUAAGUCGGUCUCAGAUGCCCCCAUUACCCAGUUCACGGACUGCCACAUUCUGAGGGAUCACAGGUUACAGAGGGAGGAUCUGUGGGUCCGAGAGGGGAAGAUCCUGAAUCCAGAGAAGUUGUUUUUCGAUGAAAAGGGAUUCGCUGAUGUUCAGAUCGACUGCAAGGGGAGCAUCGUUGCCCCGGGAUUCAUUGACACCCAGAUCAACGGCGCCUACGGCUUUGACUUCUCCUCAGCCACGGACAAUGUGAAGCUCGGUGUCUCCUCCGUGGCCAGGAAGCUGCUCUCCACUGGUGUCACCUCCUUCUGCCCUACCCUCGUCACCUCACCCCCCUCUGUCUACCACCAGGUGAUUCCUCAGAUCGAGGUGCAGAAGGGAGGGCCCGAGGGUGCGGGGGUUCUAGGUCUACACCUGGAGGGGCCGUUCAUCAGCCGGGAGAAGAAGGGAGCCCACCCCGAGCAGUACCUGCGCACGUUUGCCCAGCGGGGCUUCCCCGACCUGCUGGACACCUACGGCUCCCUGGAGAACGUCAUCAUCGUCACCCUGGCCCCUGAGCUCCAGCGCAGCGGCCCCAUCAUCCAGGAGCUGGUGCGGCGUGGAAUCCAUGUCUCUCUGGGGCAUUCGGUGGCAAACCUGGUGCAGGCAGAGACCGCCGUCAGCCAUGGGGCCACCUUCAUCACGCACCUGUUCAACGCCAUGCUGCCCUUCCACCACCGGGACCCGGGCAUUGUGGGUCUGCUGACCAGUGACCGCAUCCCCUCCGGCCGCCGCGUCUUCUACGGGAUGAUCGCCGACGGCAUCCACACCAACCCGGCCGCGCUGCGCAUCGCCUACCGAGCCCACCCCCGAGGUCUGGUGCUGGUGAGUGAUGGCAUCGCGGCUCUGGGCCUCCCCUCUGGCCGCCACACCCUGGGCCAGCAGGAGGUCGUCAUCCAGGGGCUGCAAGCUCACGUGGCAGGGACACAGACACUGAGCGGGAGUAUCGCCACCAUGGACAUGUGUGUGAGGCACCUGGCACCUGCACCAGGAUGUUCGGUGGAGGCGGCUUUGGAAGCGGCUUCGCUGCACCCCGCACAGUUGCUGGGCAUCGAGGGCAGCAAGGGAGCGCUGAACUACGGCACAGACGCAGACCUGGUGCUGUUGGACGAGGAGCUGAACGUGGAGGCCACGUACAUCGCCGGCGAGCUGGUGUGGACGGGCCGAAGGACACAGGGCGAUGGGGAGACUGGCGAUCCCCGGCUGUGACCCACGGACAGGCCCUCGCUGUGCGGCCCCGGAGGCAACGGACACCUGGGUGAAGCCCCCCCUUGCUCCCGCUGAGACCCCCACACCACACGCAGAGACGUGGGGGCGAUCCCGGGCUCGGGACACCCACACCACUGGACACUGAGUGGACGUUGAUUCUAAUCAAACUCCUGAGGAAUCGGAGAGAUGGAAGGGGGGUUGGUUUUACCCCCGCCCCGGGCCACCAGUCUUUCCCCCUCCCCCACAAGGUUCCGUUCCCCGAUCUGGCCACCUCCCAGUGUGCAAGGGGGAGGUCACUGCCGCCGAUACAACCCUAAUUGAGACCCCCCCCCACUAAGACAGCCCGCCCCUCCCAUCCUGACCCCAGACAAGCUCACUGUCCAGAAUCACACGACAGGCGGUGUGGGUGUGUGUAUCUGGGUGAGGG